AUGUCACUUGAUUCGCCGAGAUACGAAUUGAGCAACUUCCCAAACACAAGUCAGGACGAGAAACGCAUCUUCCAUAAUUUUGCCAAUUUCUCUGUUUCGUCUAUAGCGGGACAAUUCUCCUCGCCGUUUUGGGAACGACGAGUGCUUCAGAUUAGUCUUUCAGAGUCUUGUGUCAGGAACGCAGUCGUGGCAAUCGGUGCUUUACAUGAGAAUUUCAACAAGCAAUCACUUCUGACGACAGGUCAUCAGGAUUCUCAAUCAUGCACAUUCGCGCUCAGACAUCAUGCAAUGGCCACCCGAGAUCUGGCUCGUCUCUUGUCAGCGUCUCAACAGUGGGAUUUGGCUCUUACGGCUUGUAUCUUAUUUGUGUGUUUUGAGAACUUCCUGGGCAAUCAUCAAGCCUCCCUUACUCACCUCCGAGCUGGACUCCAUAUCUUGAGGUGUAUCCAUGAAGCUGGCACUACGCUGUCAGAAAGCUGGAAAAAGGAAUUCUCUCCACUUCUGAUGCGUCUUGGAAUACAAGCAUGUCUAUUUCUUGAUCCGAGAGAAGAUGGUCAACGUGCUGCUCUUUGGGAGGAUCUUCAAAUCGCGGUGCCUGAAAAUCCUUUGAUAUCAUUCAAGACAAUAGAAGAUGGGCUAUGGUCACUUUCUUCCAUUGGUGCUGGAAUGAUCUGUGACCGUGGACAAACCCAAGUUGCACCGACUUUGGAAAUCAGAGAAAAGCACAGGGCACAUUUGAAUAUAUGGGAGCAAAGCCUAAGAGAGUUUCUUUCAAAUGCGGAUACUCAUGAUCCUGUUAUCGAUAGCACUCUGCGCGGUGCUGCCACACUCAAGAUCUUCCAGAUUUUGAUCUGCAUAACGGGAGAACUCUAUGAACGGAGCGAGACUCAUCUAGAAGAGAUGCUCAUUUAUUGUGAAAGUGUUGACUCUGGCCAACUGACCUACCACGGCUCACCAAGACCUAUGUGCAAUUUCUCAACAGAUCUUGGUACAAUCGCACCAGUCUUUUUCGUCGCCUUGAAAUCACAUAAUCCAGUCACCCAGACAAGAGCUUGGAAGCUGUUAAAGAGAUCCCACAGAAGAGAAGGGAUGUGGGAUUCUGAGAUAUGUGCUGGUAUUGUGGAAAAUUCCAUGGCUGCCUUUCCGUUAUCAAAUAAAGGUGAUCAUAAGCUGGAUGAAAUACUUUUAGCGGGUCGGUUGAUUAAUGAAGAGGAUGUUUUGAGACCGAAGAACAGUAUCUGGGUUACUUAG